AUGGCUACUGAAUUAGUCACCGAGACGCGGCGACUUAGGCGCCACGCUCUGCCAUGUGUUCUCAUGCGCGCGGGGACUUCUAAAGGAAUCUUCCUGCACCAAAAGGAUCUUCCGACGAAAGAGGCCGAUUGGGCCCCUCACCUGAUCUCUGCUCUCGGGUCUCAAGGGAAUGACCCUCGACAGAUUGACGGUGUUGGCGGAGGGACAUCAACGACAUCCAAAGUUGCCGUCGUUCGGCGCUCGCAAAGACCGGAUGCCGAUGUCGAUUGGACCUUUGUCCAAGUCGCUGUCGGAAAAGAGUCAGUAGACUUUACUGGCACUUGUGGCAACAUGACUGCGGGUGUGGCACCGUUUGCUAUCCAGGAAGGUCUUGUGAAGCCUCGGCGAGACCAAACAAAGAUGGAUGUCAGAAUUUACAACACAAAUACAGAUCGAAUAGUCAUUGAAACCGUCGCACUGGAUGACUCGGGAGACUAUGAGGAGGAUGGCAACUUUAUCAUCUCUGGUGUCAAAUCACCUGGGAGCGAAGUUAAGUGCAGAUUUGUCAAACCCAUGGGCAGUAUGACUGGGAAGCUCUUCCCUUCCGACAACCAGCAACAACAGACACUCCACGUGCAGCCUGGGUCGCUGAUGCCAAACCUGGAGCCUUUUGACGUUCGUGUAACACUUAUCGACUCGGCGAACCCUUUUGUCCUCAUCGAUACGACAUCCAUAUCAACAACCCUCCUUGGCACCAAUCCGUCCGACUCUGAUCGAAAUGAUCUUGUAGAGACCAUCCGUCGCGCUGGUGCAGUGGCGAUGGGACUAGCAACAGACGUGGAAGCCGCCAGUAGGACCCGCGGUACGCCCAAAGUUGCACUCAUGUAUCCCCCGACCUUUACACAAGCCAACGGCAGCAAGAAGAGUAGGCCCGAUAUUCGUGUACAGGCGUACUCUAUGGGAUUACCGCAUCCGAGCCUACAGCUCACCGGGGCUGUGACAAUAGCCGUUGCACUAAGCUACCCUGGCACAAUCGCGGCGGGUCUCUCCGCCAUGGGUGCUAUCAUGCAUGGCGCGUUACCGCCGACUCCCGAACAGUCGCCGCCGCCUGACGACAGGGAAAAGGAGAAUAUUGGAUGGGAGCGAGAUGUACUGAUUGAACAUAGCCAAGGGACAAUCAAGGUGGGUGUGGUAAUGGACGAUGUUGGAGAAGUGGCUAGUUGCGCAGUGUCACGUACCGCCAGGCGACUGUUUGAGGGCAAGGUCAGGUACUAUAUACAGGAGGAUGCGAUGUAG